GGGUCCUGAACCUGCGAUGGAUCUGUUCAUGCCAGAGCCAUAGUUGCGCAAUAUUUUUCAUGGUCAUAUGUCGAGUUAUUACUACCAGCACUUAACGACAGGGCACCGCAGCUCUUGUACUAUAUUCAUGUCAAAAUGUCUUCAUCGGGCAAUGCCUACGCUGCUGAACCAGCCUAUCCAAUUCUGGCUCACACACUACUAUCCAGUCAUACCACGACAGCUAGGAUACCAGAGCAACCCGAUGAGCCAGAGCAAUCAUCCAUCUGGAAACUAAGAAAGGACAUCGAAGAGGCAUUCGAAGGCCCAUCCAGCGUUUUCCGCUGUGGCAGAGUAAUCGGAUUUUCGAAACUGAAGCAGAGAGCUCAAGAAGAUGAUGACCAUGAUCUCAUCGGCCAGCUCCCCCGCUGCCUCCUCGCAAAGCAUCUACGCAACACACCACCCUCCCCACAACCAAAAGCCUUCAUAAUCCACCCACCAACCUUCGACCCCUUCUCCCCAAAACAACUCCUGGCUUCUCUCCUCGCUUCACCUGCAACAGCACCCCUCACCCGCAACGAAGCAAUAGCCCUCCUAGACCACGUCCAGCUCCUCCCCGUCUUCGACUUCCGCGCCGCAGUGCAAGCCAUCAGCCAAGUCGCGGAGGCCCUGCAAUCAGCCCCAGUGUCUGGGGGAAAGUCAGGGGAGCAUGAGCGCGAGAGCCAGCGCACUCGCACACGCACUCUCCUCCUCAUCGCAGGCCUCGACACACUAACCGAGGACAUCAUCCGCGCCUCGAACCCCGUGAAGGGGGCUGCGGCGCUGACUGCCGCGCUGAGAACGCUGACGCAGCUUUCAAGGGCGCAUGGCUCACAUCUUGCUGUGAUGCUUGUUAAUACGCGUGGACUUGGGCCUGCGCCUGGCUUUCACGCUGGGGUUGGGGGUGAAAGGCAGCAAGGUUCGCGAGGGGAUUUUCGGGCGUCGGUCGAGGAUGAGGGCGUUUACUCUAUGUUUCAUGCGGAGACGUCGACGCCGCUGUUGCCGAGUUUGUUGAUGAGGACGUUGGAUCAGGGUAUUGAUACGCACGUUCUGGUUUCGAUGGUGAAGGAGGAUUGCGUUAUUGAGAUUAUCAAGGAUCGAGUGGGAGAGGGGUGGGAAGGUGGUGUAUUUGGGACGGGAACUCCAUGA